CCAGCGGUCACUAAGUAAAAAAACACGUAAGUUUUGCACUGUUAUCAGCGCCCUCUAGCGGUGAGUGUCACAUUGCAGCGCUGAAGUUCAGAUUAGAAGAUGGCGGAAGGUGAACUGAACGUAGACAGCCUCAUCUCUCGGCUCUUGGAAGUGCGAGGAUGUCGCCCAGGGAAGAUCGUCCAGAUGACGGAGGCUGAGGUUCGAGGUCUGUGUAUUAAAUCCAGAGAGAUCUUCCUCAGUCAGCCCAUCCUGCUGGAGCUGGAGGCACCACUCAAAAUCUGUGGUGACAUCCACGGACAGUACACCGACCUGCUGAGGCUGUUCGAGUACGGCGGGUUUCCCCCAGAGGCAAACUAUCUGUUCCUGGGUGAUUAUGUUGACCGAGGGAAGCAGUCCCUCGAGACCAUUUGCCUGCUGCUGGCCUACAAGAUCAAAUACCCUGAGAACUUCUUCCUGCUCAGGGGCAACCACGAGUGCGCCUCCAUCAACCGCAUCUACGGCUUCUACGACGAGUGUAAGCGCAGGUUCAACAUAAAGCUGUGGAAAACCUUCACCGACUGCUUUAACUGCCUCCCCAUCGCUGCCAUCAUCGACGAGAAGAUCUUCUGCUGCCACGGAGGUCUCUCUCCUGACCUGCAGUCUAUGGAGCAAAUCCGAAGGAUCAUGAGGCCCACGGACGUUCCUGAUACAGGUCUGCUGUGUGAUCUCUUGUGGUCCGACCCUGAUAAAGACGUGCAGGGUUGGGGAGAGAACGACCGGGGUGUGUCCUUCACCUUUGGAGCCGACGUGGUCAGUAAAUUCCUCAACCGUCACGAUCUGGACCUGAUCUGCAGAGCGCACCAGGUGGUGGAGGACGGGUAUGAGUUCUUUGCGAAGCGGCAGUUGGUCACUCUGUUCUCAGCCCCGAAUUAUUGUGGAGAGUUCGACAACGCCGGAGGCAUGAUGAGCGUCGACGAGUCCCUCAUGUGCUCCUUUCAGAUCCUGAAGCCCUCAGAGAAGAAGGCUAAGUAUCAGUACGGAGGUGUGAACUCGGGCCGCCCCGUCACACCUCCCCGCACCGCACAGGCCCCGAAGAAGAGGUGAGCGACCUGCCCCGCCCAUCCAGACCACCGCACCCCCCCACCCCCCUCAGCCCAAACGUACACAGCCUGGAGGUGGUACUUAUUCACAAUCAGCCUCUCUCCCUCUUCCCUUUACUCUUUUCUUAAUGUGGGUGUACAUACUUUUUGCUGUGAUGAGGUGAUAAGCGCUUUCUGUAUGUCUCUGCCUGUUCGCUGGUAUUUUUAAUAAUACUCAUAUUAAUAAUUAUACGGAUGCGAAAGGAGGAUCUCUCUCUCUCUCUCUCUCUUUCUCUCUCUCUCUCUCACAGACGCAGUAUUGGCAUUAAUAUCGAUGUUACCGUAAUUUCUACAUAGUGUUUAAUUCACAAAUUUAAACCGGGGGCUUUAAGCUGAAAGUGUUCAUCUUUAUCAGUACACACACUGUUUUUACUCACAUCACUCUGAAACGAGUGCAGUAAGACGUACGCACACACACGCACACACACACACUACAGUAUGAUGUAACGCAUCCUCGUCGUAAGUUCAGGCUUCGGUAUUUUUAUCUGUCCACCGGUGACUCAGAGGACGAGCGAGUGACACGGAGAGAAAGGACGAGCGAAGGAGGAAGUGAAACGUCACGCAGCACACAAUGUUGUAAAACUUCCCGCUUUUCCACAGACACGGACCUUCUAACCAGGACGUUGUGCUGCUGAAUCCUCUCUUUAUUAUUUUACUCCCAGGUCUGAGAGCUUUAUUUACCGUCCAACAUCAAAUCCUUCCUGUCUCAAGGAAGUGAAUGAGACUUAACACUUUUCCUCAGACUGGUUAUUAUUGGACACCUAAAGCUAAUCCCAGCGUAUGUUCUAGCGCUAACUAAGCAGCCAGACGUCUGAUCUGCAGCAUAACGUCUUUAAUGUAUUAGUAAUGAAAUGCAUUGGAUUCACUUUGGGUUUGAUUCUCUACACAGCGUCGAUUCCUGCCAGCAACAUUCAUGCACUUGGUUUUCCUCACUGAUGAUCUUUUCACCUACUGUCCAUCUCUGUAUCUGUCCAUCUCUCUGUAUCUGUCCAUCUCUCUGUAUCUGUCCAUCUCUCUGUAUCUGUCCAUCUCUCUGUAUCUGUCCAUCUCUCUGUAUCUGUCCAUCUCUCUGUAUCUGUCCAUCUCUCUGUACCUGUCCAUCUCUCUGUAUCUGUCCAUCCCUCGGUAUCUGUCCAUCUCUCUGUAUCUGUCCAUCCCUCGGUAUCUGUCCAUCUCUCGGUAUCUGUCCAUCUCUCUGUAUCUGUCCAUCUCUCUGUAUCUGUCCAUCUCUCUGUAUCUGUCCAUCUCUCUGUAUCUGUCCAUCUCUCUGUACCUGUCCAUCUCUCUGUACCUGUCCAUCUCUCUGUACCUGUCCAUCUCUCUGUACCUGUCCAUCUCUGUACUUGUCCAUCUCUCUGUAUCUGUCCAUCUCUCUGUAUCUGUCCAUCUCUCUGUAUCUGCCCAUCUCUCUGUAUCUGCCCAUCUCUCUGUAUCUGCCCAUCUCUCUGUAUCUGCCCAUCUCUCGGUAUCUGCCCAUCUCUCGGUAUCUGCCCAUCUCUCGGUAUCUGCCCAUCUCUCGGUAUCUGUCCAUCUCUCGGUAUCUGUCCAUCUCACCCUCUCUCUCUGCCCCUGCCCCCCUCUCUCUGCCCCCUCCCACUCUCUCUCUCUGCCCCUCCCACUCCCCCUCUCUCUGCCCCUCCCACUCCCCCUCUCUCUGCCCCUCCCACUCCCCCUCUCUCUGCCCCCUCCCACUCUCUCUCUCUGCCCCUCUCACCCCCUCUAUCUGCCCCUCACACCCUCUCCCCCUAUUUAUCUCUCUGCCCCACCCACCCCCUCUCUGCCCCACCCCUGACAGUAUCAGAUUAAACAGCAGGUCUGUGUCUGUGGAAACUGAUGAAGUGUUUAGUGAAUAUUGCAGCAGGUUCACUGUAGGCUCCGAUGCAGCAGGUUCACUGUAGGCACCGAUGCAGCAGGUUCACUGUAGGCUCCGAUGCAGCAGGUUCACUGUAGGCACCGAUGCAGCAGGUUCACUGUAGGCUCCGAUGCAGCAGGUUCACUGUAGGCUCCGAUGCAGCAGGUUCACUGUAGGCUCCGAUGCAGCAGGUUCACUGUAGGCUCCGAUGCAGCAGGUUCACUGUAGGCUCCGAUGCAGCAGGUUCACUGUAGGCUCCGAUGCAGCACGACGUUCAUCUCACACGCUUGUAUUUGCACAAUGCUUUGUCCUGUUAAUAAUAAUAAUAACAAUAAUAGUGUUGAUGUUAAAGGGGGAUUUUGAGUGCUGUGGCGUCUCUCAUUACUGAAUGAAGUAAGAUUUUUUUUUCCCACUUUAAAUGUAAUUCCUGUUAAAUGCUCUUUUUUUUCUAAAAGGAAAGUUUUGGGUGUGACAUUUGAUGGUCGUUCUGUUUGUUCAAGAUAAAUAUGUUCUUGGGGAAGACAAGUGUUUGAGUUUAAUGCAGAAUGUGUCAGACAGGAAGGAUGUGGACGGUGCAGACGUGGCGCCCCCUGCUGUAGACCCUGUGUAACACAAGAGGAAAUUAAACAGCUUUUGUUAUUGAUCCUGAGAUUAAAGUGGAGAAUCUUUUGAUUGGCUGAAGUCGCUGUCAGUCUCGCAUGAUCUUAACACGAAUCCCUUCUCUUUUUUUCUUUUUUUGUGUGAACAUUGUUGCCUAUUAAAUAUUUGUCAUAAUUUUAUUGUUUCUUUUUUUUUCCUCCUUAAUUUAUAAUUGGAUGUCAGGGAAAAUUAUUCCAAAACACACAAUUUGUAUAAGUGGGUUUCAUGUUCUUUAAACUCAAUAAAUGGAGGUAAAAUAACUUACUGA